AUGGAUCCUCGUCGCGUCCCUCUCGCGGUCCCUAAAGUCCGCCGAGUAGGAUUCUUCACAUCAAUCGAACCGACACCGGAGCCGCAGCGACCGAAUCGAAGCCAAUCCGGUCCGGUAGAGGCAGCAACGUCUUCGUCUCCUCUCUCCGAUUCACCCUCCGGAAAUUUCAUUUCUCCGGUCCAGAUACCACCGUCGCGUCACCAUUCCGAUAACCUGACCUCCCGCGCUGCUCCUGUCCCCGUCCCUGGUCCUGCCGCCUUCCGCCGUCACCUAGCCCAUGAUCGGAGCCUCCACGUCGGAAGUUACAACCCUGCGGACUCGCUCCUCGGGACAUCGCCACCGUCGAGCAACGGAGAGCUUUCUGAGGAUUCUGGUUCGUUGUUUGGGUUCCAGCGGAGCGAUUCGGCCAAGUUAUCGUCGAGCUUUCCCAACGGAGGCUUCGAUUUGACUAUGGCAGUUAGAGCUCCUCAGGAGUUCGAAUCCAAAAUUGCGACGGUGCCGGCUUCCGAAGGGAGAAAGAAGACCGCCGAAGUUUCUGGAAAGAGUGAAUCUGCAGUGACCACAAAAGCGCAGAAGGAAAAGGAACAAAAAUCGCUGAAAGAGAAAACCACAAAAGCAGAAAGGCGUGCCAUCCAAGAGGCACAACGAGCAGCAAAGGCUGCUGCAAAAGGCGAAGGAAGCAGACGUGUGGAUGAUUCUGGUAGAGCCAAACCGGGGAAGGCUACCAAACAGCCUCAAGUGAAGAAAGAGGGACUUCCAGUCACAUCAUCCGUUUCUGAGAAAAAAACUGUAGUAGUGGAAAAAGAGAAGAGGAUGGAUGUUCCUCAGACGCAAAUGCAGUAUGAUGAUAAAAGCCGAGUGGAGAAGGCAAAGAAGCGCGCAGUUGUUGAGCAGACGGAGAGCAAGAACAAAGUCGAAUUAUUUCUCCAUCUCCCUCAAUACGAACGUGGCAAUCAGCUACCCAAUUUAAGCUCCAAUAUCUUCACACUCGAUACCAUACACCAUGCGGUCUAUAAGGUGGGUUUGCAACAUUUGGCUGGAGAUAUAUCUGGGGACAAUGCGCGAUGUAUUGCUAUGCUCCAAGCAUUUCAAGAAGCUAUAAAAGAUUACACCACACCUCCAAUGAAAGACCUGACAAUGGACUUGACAGCCAAAAUAAACGGUUACGUUUCGUUCUUGAUAGAAUGUCGUCCGCUCUCCAUGAGCAUGGGAAAUGCAAUCAGGUUUCUGAAGAACCAAAUCAGAAAACUACCUGUAGAGCUGUCAGUGUCAGAGGCAAAAGCUUCUCUUUGUUCUGACAUCGGCCGGUUCAUAGAGGAGAAGAUAGUUACUGCAGACAAGGUGAUCGUGAAACACGCGGUGACAAAAAUCAGAGACGGAGAAGUUGUUCUGACGUACGGAUUCUCUUGUGUGGUUGAGAUGAUUCUCUUGUACGCUCAUGAGAUUGGGAGGAAAUUCCGUGUGGUGAUUGUGGACUCACGCCCUAAUCUCGAAGGCCAAAGGCUACUCCGUAGACUUGUGUCCCGUGGCCUUGACUGUACCUACACUCAUAUAAACGCCAUCUCCUACAUCAUGCGUGAUGCUACAAGGGUUUUCCUCGGGGCUUCAUCGAUCUUCUCUAAUGGAACUCUGUACUCGAGAGUUGGCACAGCCUGCGUUGCGAUGGUUGCGAACGCGUUUAGUGUCCCUGUCAUUGUGUGUUGUGAAGCUUACAAGUUCCAUGAAAGAGUCUUGCUUGAUUCAAUCUGCUCCAACGAACUUGGCGAUCCUGAUGCCAUAGCCAACAUACCGUCUAGAGCCAAUAUGAAGCGUUCGAAGACAAUGGAGAACAACAAAAACCUCCAGUUUCUGAAUCUAAUGUACGAUUCAACACCGUCAGAGUAUAUAUCUAUGAUCGUAACGGAUUAUGGAAUGAUUCCUCCGACGAGCAUACCAGUGAUCGUUCGUGAAUACAGGAGAGAACACUUGUUGCUGUAA